AUGAUUUGGAAUUUCAUGUUUCCGACUGGAAUUAUCAUUGCCGCUGUUUUUGUGCCUUUCGCAAUCUCCACCACGAAUAGUACAAUUGCGCCUGCACCCACGAACCUCACAGAUGUGUUCCAUCGCUACCCAACCUGGGCAGAUCUUGCACAAAAUAUCAUGCCUGUUUGUCUCUUUGUGGAUCGUUAUGUCACGCUGGUUUUCUACAUUGUUGGAUUCCCCGGAAAUCUUGUAUCUUUCGUUGUGUGGACCAGCCGUCGUGUGUACAUUGGGAACUCGGCUGCCAUCUACCUGGCGGCCGUAUCUCUGAAUGAUAUAUUUGUGCUUGUGUUCGCUCUGUUGCGCGAUCUAUCGCGCACUUGGUCCGUGAAUGUGUACAAUCCACCUGGUGCUUGUGAGGUGAAAAACACGUUACAGACAGCCGUUCAAUAUGCAUCGCCCUUGUUUGUUCUUGGUUUCACAGUGGAACGAUGGCUGGCCAUCUAUCGACCGUUCGCCAUUGAGCGUAUCAGCUCGCCUCGUCGAGCGAUCUACAUCUGUAUUGGAAUCAUUGUGGGCACAAUUAUUACCUGUUCCGGCAAUGCGGUCGUAUUUAUGGCCGAUAACCGUGGGGAGUGCGACAAACGUUUCAAACAGACCAGAGCACCCGACGUUUAUUUCGCCAGCCUCGAACUGGUAUUUUCGUUCGUAGUCCCCUUGCUUGUAUUGCUAUUCAAUUGCCUUGUUAUUCGAGAGUUGGCAAGGAUUCAUCGAGCGGAUAAACAAUUGGCCUCGGCCUCUGCUCGACUAUCGACAAUAAUGCCCUCGGAAGAUGCGAACACUGCACCAGGUACCAGACUUGGGGCCCCUUUCGCACCGUCACCACGGCCUGAGGGGAUUAGAUCUUCCCGUUCCAGUCACACGGAUCAGCCGUAUACGGGAUCCGGUGUCACGUUUCCAUUGCCCGAGUCCAAAAGGCGAUCAGGACAUGUAGGUUCGAAUGGAUCUCAGGUUUCCCGACGGCAGUCAAAAGCACGUGAUGUCAAUAUCGAACAAAAUGGAAAACGAUCGGGACAGAGUAGCCCAAGCUUCCGAUCUACGACCUUGAUGUUGUUGAUUGUGAGUUUCUACAUGAUCAUCACAACUCUGCUCGGUGGAAUUCUCUACGUCCUGCAUCACAUGCAAAAGUUCCCGAAUCCCAGUCUCAGUGAUGAAGAGAUGCAAACAGACCCGGACUGGAUAACCUACACGCGUCUCAUGACUAUCAAAGCUUUCGGGGACGAAUUCGCUCUGUCCUAUUAUGCUUUCGGAUUUUUUAUCUACUAUUGCACAGGACAGAAUUUCCGAAACCGCGUGCAUCAGUUAUUACGCCGUCUUUUAAUUUUCUGCGGAUUUCACUGUAAAUCUUUAUCAAGACUCGGUGUGAGUGAGGAGUUGGAAUUCACUUCUGCCGCGAGACAACGAACACAACGAACCCGUGCGACCACCGGAGUCAAUCCUAGAUUUGACGACGGGCGAGCAGGAGCCGGAGGUGGUGGUGUGAUUAACGCAGCGGCUGAAUUAUUGCCGUCCAACUCAUCCGCCAUGAAUGGAGUCCCGAAUAAAAGUGGUGAGGACACCAGUCUACAGAACCACACAGAUUCCCUGUCCCACUCAGUCAGUUUAAUACCAACAACAGCUAUGGCCUAACCGUCUUCUAGCCGAGUCCCAAUGUCAUGUCUCGAAACUUUAUGCGCCCGUCCUCCUUGUGUAUUUUGCUUUUGCCCACCCUUGCCAUCGAGUAUUUUUAUCCACUGAUCCACAAAUCAAAUGGUUGGAACAGCA